AUGGAUGGCCAGCACAUGGCUGGGGCAGGCAGUCAGGCAUCGCCUCUUGCAGUUGGUUUGAACGGGCAGACGUUCUUUUCCAAUUUCAUGUCCUCGGUAGCACCCGACAACCAUAACGGUGGUUUGGGUUUGAUUGACAUCCCACUGACAUUUUCAGCUUUUAACGGGUACCAGCCAAACAUAGCUUUUUCAACAUCUGACGAUUAUCUGGUGUCUUCAAUUAAUUUACCCAUUAACAGCUUGUCAGAUGCCGGUCUCUAUAGGAUGUCUGACGGCAGCUUUCUAAAUUCAUCGGACGCCAUGAUAAAAAAGGAAUCAAAGUCACCGAUAAAUAUCAUUGUUACGACUGAUGGGGUCCAGAUCCAGGGACCGGUCAGUCCCAUCAUCACAUCCCAGGCCAACCAGUCCAGUCUGCAAUUCCAGUCCGUGGUCAGGGGUGGGGACAAAAUGCUCAGUGCGGUCAGUAGUCUUAAUUUCAACGAUUCAGAAAUGCUCGGGGAUUCUGCAUUUGACUCCACCUCUUCCUCGGGCCUGGCUCACUUUGACGACGGCCUGUUGUCCAGUCUAGGCUCUGCUGGUCAGGGAAUGAGGCUGGGCGAUGGCACCGGCGGGACCUCGUUUGACCUGUUUGAUGGCGAGGUCACGGAUAAUUUGUCACUGUCGCCUCAGCCAUUCUCAGACAGUGGUCUUAUGCCCGACACAACAGGAGUGAUGGACACAGGUUUAAUUCAGCAGCACGGCGACUCCUUGCUUGACAGCACAAUAAAACUGACAGCCAAGAAAAGCUCCUCCACGGCACAAAGUCCGGAGCUUGCAGGACAGAAGUGUGGGCCCUCACAGUGCCCACUGUGUGGGAAGACUUUCAGCAAUAUUAACGCCUUGUCCAAACAUCGACUGACUCAUUCUGAUGAACGCAAGUAUGUCUGCAACAUCUGCUCCAAGGGCUUCAAACGACAGGAUCAUCUCAAUGGUCACCUGAUGACCCACUUAGACAAGAAGCCGUACGAGUGCCAACUUCCAAACUGUGACAAGGGCUACUGUGACGCCAGAUCUUUGCGACGACAUCUGGAACAGCACCACCAUCUUGACCCAGAUACUGUGCAGAGCCACGUCCAGGCCAGUAUGGCAGCGGCAGGGAUCUCCCCUCCAGCCCCACGCAAUGGAAGCAAAAAAUCUGGGGAGGGCCGGAGCAAGCACCUCAGUUCACCUGUGUACAGUCCUGGGUCAGCCACGCCGACACCUAGCCCAGGUGCCUCUGGGGCUGGGAAUGUUUUCCACUUUGACGCACAACAAACCAAAAAUAGCCAGCAACAACAACAGCAGAAACAGCCACACGAGAUUCUGGUCCAACAGAUCCACCAACAGCAGAAACUCCUGCUCCAACAGCAGAAACAGCAACAACAACAACAGCAGGAGGAGCAUAAUCUUCAAGCCAGCGAUGCUGUGUCGCAACAUCUUCACCUUCAACUACAACUUAAGCAGCAGCAGAACCAACAGCAGCCUGAUGUUUUGGCUGUGAUCCAACAAGUCCAGCAGCAGUUAGAUGUGCAGAAGAAGAAGGCAGCUGCUGCGGCAUCAGCUACAGAUAUAGAAUCAAUGGUCGCGAUGGCUCAGGAAUCUACUUCCUGGCAAGAUAAAGCUGGGGUUUACACAUUUGUGGGAACCCCAACCUCCAGUGAGCUGUCCCCGGCUUCCCACAGUGACCAGUCUCCAGGAGGCAUGCAUGUGCCCUCAGAGAUGGCAGCACGCAGCCCAGUCUCUCCGGCAACCUCUCAGCCGGUCAGCCCGCUGACUAACCCAACCACCCGUGCCAUCUGGUACAGCAGUUCACCAGACACCUCAAUCACAUCAAAAAUAGAUGAGAUCCCAAAGAACCAGGCUUAUUGUUCGACUUGUGACCGCUAUUUCAAGAACGCAUCUGCUCUUAAUGGACACAUGAGGUGCCACGGGGGUUUUCUUAAAAAAGGGAAAGAGAAGGAUGGGAAGAAAUCUCCCGUUAGGAAGUCAUCGUCUGACAUGGGCCCACCAUUGAGAAGGCCCCCGCACACUUCGACGCCAUCGCCCCAGCCGACCAUCUCUCGUACAUCACCUACCAUGUCCUCCCCCAUCACCUUUGUCCCCACUCAACUUGUCCCCAUGACCACUGGUCAGUCUGACCAGAGCAAUGCCAUAGAAGUGAUCAGUGUGGGCCCCUCUUCUGACCACCACCUGCAGAAUACAGAUGCCUCGCUAGUGAAUUCAGUCCUGCCCCAGCAGAAACACAAACACCUCCAGGAGCAGCUGUCCUCCCACAUCCUCAAGAGGAGGAUGUCCGGAGAGCUGCAGCAACGCCAGCAGAAAAACCUGCAGACAUCGCAGCAGCAGCAGCAACAACAGCAGCAGCAGCAGAUGCAGUCCAACCAAGAGCAGAUGAGGCUCCUAGAGGAGCACAUCAAACAACACCAACAGCAGCAGCAGCAACAACAACAGCAGCAGCAACAACAGCAGCAGCAGCAGAUGCAGGAACAUAGUCAGCAAAACUUGCAGUUGCUGUCUGGUCACUUGCUGGACGAGGGUUCCAGUGUGCCAGUGACCCUGGACUCUGGAAGAGCAGCUUCGCCUCACCAGGGGGAGCACAUACAGCGACUGGUUCAGAGUUUUCAGCAGGUUGAGGAGUUUCAAAGACAGCAGCAGCACCAAGCAGAGUUGCCCCAGCUGAGCUCCGAACAGAUGGAACUCAUCCGUCACCAGCAUAAGCUCCUGGGUUUGCCUCCUCUCAAUCCACAGCAGCUUCAGUACCAGCUCCACGAGGAGCAUAACCGGCUGUUGCAGGCCCAGCUGCGAGAGCAGCAGCUGCAGGAUCAGCAUCAUUUACAAGGUCUGGAGCACCGAACCUUAGUUAUGGCUUCUGCUCCGCUCACCCAGCAGCAACUUGGGAACAAUCAGAUCACGUCUUUGAAUGUCACUGCCCAGCCCAUCAGCUUGUCUGGCCAGCAGACCCUUGUCCAGCUCACCGGCCAGUCCACUGAAGAUGUGGACUCUAGAUCUACCAUCCAUUCACAGGUGGCACUUAAUACCUCAGUUCAGCAGAUUCUGGCAGCUUUAGACCCAGCAAUGAUCAGCGUCGCGGGAAUAAAUCUCGCCGACCACCAGCAUCUCCUUGCCCAGCUUCAGAAACGACAUCAGGGACAGUUGCAUCCGUCGGACAUCAUGGGCAUACAAAUGCAGCAGUCAAUGACGGGACUAAGCAUUGGGGGAAUUCAUAUUAGUCACCUGCCGCACAUUCUUCUGCAGCCUCCCGACCCUGAUGAGAUCAAUGGGGUGCCGACUAUAUCCAUACCAGAGUCAGUCAUUCUUGGAGGGGCUCCACACCCAGUUCUACAGUCUAGUUUGUUGGAGUCUGAACAGGAGCAGAUUGAGCGCAUCCAGAAUGGCCUGAUGGCAAGCGUGGAGAAGCAGCAGCAGCAGCAUACCAUUACUGCAGCUCUGAGUCAUCCCAGCAUGGCUCACUCUCUGGCAGCAGGACCUAUGGGAGCACUCCAUCUUGACCAGGCAAUCCCAAACUUCCUCAAUGUUCAGUCGGCAGGGGGACAGUUACAGCCCUCGCUGGAGUCACAG